AUGGUGUCGACAUUCGUUAAAGAGCUAGUUCAGCUCGCUGCAUUCGUUCUUCCCGUGCUCCAACCAUGUUCUGCUUCAUCGCUUUAUUCCACAUAUAAUUUUAAUCCCUUAGAACAUCUUGGCGGUGUAGCGCCCUACUUCGAGCCACAAGAUCCGUCAGCAUCACCAGCGACUCCUCAAGGUUGUACGGCGUCGCGAGCAGUAUAUUUAUCUCGUCAUGCCGCAAUUUAUGCCAAUGACUACGAUUAUGAGGAAUAUAUUGACCCUUUUGUGUCCAAGCUGGAAAACAACACGGCUAUAGACUGGACCAAGAUUCCAGCCUUAAGUUUCCUUGAUGGUUGGACGGUUCCAUUGACAGACGCCGAACAAGAGCUGUUGACUCGCGUUGGUAGAUUAGAAGCCGCGCAACUCGGCGUUACACUCUCAUUCCGAUAUCCCAAUCUCAAGCUGCCAUCCCGUAUCUGGACCUCGUCUGCUGAAAGAACUGUAAAGUCAGCACAGUCAUUCGCACGAGGUCUAGAGUUGGAUGAGAAUGGAAUUAAUGUAGUCAGUAUUUACGAGUCGGAAGAAGCCGGCGCGAAUAGUCUCACACCUUACAAGAGCUGCCCAGCUUAUUCGUCAUCAUUCGGCAGUGAUCAGUCCGCUGUUUAUCUUGAAAAGUUCACCAAACCUAUCACCGCGAGAUUGAAUGCAUUAGCGCCUGGAUUCAACUUCACGGCUAACGACGUUUAUGGUAUGAUGGAGCUAUGCGGCUACGAAUCUGUAAUCCGGGGUAGCUCUCCAUUUUGUGACUUGGAUUUGUUCACACCGGACGAUUGGCUAGGGUGGGAAUAUACGGCCGAUGUUAUGUACCACUAUAAUGUGGGAUAUGGCAACCAGAUCUCCGGCGUCGUGGGACUGCCUUGGUUCAACGCUUCAGCGAAUAUCUUAUUGGGAGAGUCGACCGACCAACACGAUGUGUUUGUUAGUUUUACCCAUCGCGAACUGCCGCCUAUGGUUUUUGUCGCCAUGGGCUUAUUCAACAAUUCCGAUUUUGGUGGAAGCGAAGCAGCUAUCAAUGAUACCAUGCCUUUGGAUCGAAUCAACUACCGACGCGCGUGGAAGAGUUCGCAUGUGUUGCCGUUCCUAAGCAACCUCGCCAUCGAAAGAUUGAACUGUUCGGACAGUUAUGGUUACGAGGAUGGUGAUUAUUAUCGAGUUCUUGUCAACAGUGCUCCUCAACCUUUGCCGAAUUGUGCCGACGGGCCAGGUACAACUUGUUCGAGGGCUGGGUUUGAGCAGUAUCUUCAGGAACGAGUAGAUAUGUUUCAAGGCUUCUCCGAAAGAUGUGGUGUGGAUUAUAGCAACUCGACGGAUACGUUAUCGAUUUAUUCCGACACGGGAGUAGGAAAUGGUACUGCUGUUGGAAAGAGAUAUGAAGCAUUCAAGUCUCAUUUAGACGUAUAA